AUGGAAGGCGGCAAUGCUUAUCUUCCCCGUGAGAUCAUCGUCAACAUUCUCAAGAGACUUCCCGUGAAAUCCCUAAUCCGAUUUCAAAGUGUCUGCAAAAGUUGGAAAAAUCUCUUGAAUGAUCCCUUGUUCAUUGUAGAUCACCUCCACGACUCCCAUCAUCGACCUUCUUUUCUCUUCAAACAGCUCUAUCAGAGAAACGAUCCGCUGUACUUGUGUUCAUUCGAUCGCAACUUUCGACUCCGUGAAGUCCACAACCCACCUGUGAUCGAUCACUACUUGUCCAGUUUUGAGAAUUUUUCAAACGUUCGGAUCAUCGGUUCCAGCAAUGGCUUGCUCUGCGUUGAACUUCGUGAUCAUUAUAUGUCUUCUCAUAAGCUUCUAGUGUGGAAUCCAGCAAUUAAGGAGGCGCAAGAGGUACCCAGAACUACUUAUUGUAAGAGUCUGGUAUCUAUAGGAUUUGGGUUCAGUACGAUUGCUAAUGAUUACAAGAUAAUUAAUAUUUCCUUUUUUGGGUCGUAUCUUGAUCCGAAAAGGGGUUCAUAUUGGGUCUACAAGAGGGGUGUGAAUGAAGUGUUAGUGUAUUCAUUGGGCACAGGGUUGUGGAAACGUGUGGAACAUGGGAAUACAUUAAAGGAUCUACGUAUUUAUUGUGAAGCAGUCACUGGUAACAAUGGAACCAUUAUUUGGCUUGCGCAAAAUGAUGAUGGUGAUAUGAUAGUCUCAUUUGACAUAGCAAUGGAAGUGUUUACAUUAAUACCAAUGCCAACUUUACACCCAGGGUCAGCUUCUAUUCCUACUUUUUAUGAGAACAAACCAGCUUUUCUUUCUCACAAAGAGACAGGAAACUCUAAAUCUGGUUUCAUUCAUUUGUGGCUGGUUGAGGAGAAUACAUUAUGUGCAUCUGGAGGAGGGAGAUGGAUUUGGACUAAAAAAUAUAGCAGCGGCGCCAAUCUCUAUCCAGACUAUUUAGUUCCAUUGAUCAUUUGGAGGAAUGAAAUUGUUUGCACAGCUGGUCUUCAUAGGCAAUUCUAUUGGAAGACUGAAAAAUAUUGUGAAGCCUUGAAGGAUCGAGGAAGAACUUUAUAUUUGUUGAAUCUCACCACUAAUGAAAUUAAGAAGUUUUUUAUGAACAAUUUUAUUUGCGGCUCUGGAAUCUUAAAUUAUGUGGAAAGCCUUGUACCAGUUGGUAACAUUCACAUUUAA